AUGGCUUCUUCUCGUGAUCCCGCCCGAACCGAGAGAAGUCCAGCAGCCACUGGUCCGUUGGCCGGUGGUGAAGAAGUGUCCGGCCGCACAGACAUUGUCGAUGUACGCGUUUUGCUUGCUGCUCAAACCUCUUUUCCGGUAAUAACAGAGUAUCUCCAGGUCGAUGACGACGUCGACUCCGCCUUUGAGGAUGGCGAUAAUUUCUCAUACUCGUCUCUGCGAGAUGACUAUUGGGGUCCGUCGGAUGAGCAACAAUUUGAAACCCUAAACGCUGGCCAUGUGCUGUACCUUGUUUUGGACAGCAACCAACCGAACCCACUCUUUCGAUCCCCAAUAAAAUCGCCGCUGUAUGUCCUCGAUAUAGGGACAGGACCUGGCACUUGGGCCGUUGAUGUUGCCGAUCAAUUCCCUGCUGCAACCGUGUAUGGUGUUGACCUCUCUCCGCCACCGUCGACAUGGGUUCCUCCAAACUGUUUCCUCCAGGUGGACGACGUCCUAGAAGAGUGGACGUGGAGAGAAGAAUUUGACCUGAUCCACAUGCGGCUGAUGCUGGGUGCCUUCACAGACACAGAAUGGGCCGGAGUGUACAAAAAAUGCUUCGACAACCUGAGGUCCGGAGGGUACAUUGAACAAGUCGAGCUGGACGUGCGGGUACAGUCUGACGACGGCUCUCUCGCCCCUGACUCGCUGUUGGCUGGAUGGGGGCAGACGUUCCUCGACUGCGCCCAGCGGGCAGGACGUCCCUUGGACACGCAGUUGACCAUGAAGGCCAAGAUCGAAGCCGCCGGGUUUGUCGACGUCCAAGAACAUUUAUACAAAUGUCCCAUCGGCGCCUGGCCCAAGGACCCCCUCCUCAAGGACGCCGGCAGGAUCAACCUGAACCACUGGAGUUCUGGUCUGGAAGGGUGGGCUAUGUUCUUGUUGACGAGAUGGGGCGCGCCGGAACCGUGGACUGCGGAUGAAGCCAGAGUCUAUGUCGCCAGAGUGAGGGACGAACUGAAGAAGCGGCGCCUGCAUAUAUGGCAUUACACGUGA